AUGUCCAAGUUCGCAGUCGUUCUGUUCUUCGUGUUAACGGCUGGUAGUCACUAUGGAUCUCUGGAAGCAGCUACCGAAAGUCAAUCUGAGGAUCUAAAGUCCCAGGACCCCUUGAAGAAGGAAUUCCCGCCGGCAAAUUUUAUGCUGAUCGGGACCAGGUAUUUCUAUAUCGACUCGGGUAUCCCACAAAAUUGGACCACCGCUGCCAGUAGUUGUCGCCAAAUGGGCGGAUAUCUGGCCGCGUUCAAGGACGAAGAAGAGACGGAUGCCAUCCUCGCCAGACUCACGCCAUUCUCAUUCUACUACGUGGGCAUCAACGAUCAAAAAGAGCAGGGAAACUUUGUGUCCUUGGCUUCUGACAAAGCUGCCUUCUUGAAAUGGAGCAAAGGUGAACCCGUCCACGUGGAGCACGCCCAAAAUUGCGUAUCAAUUUUUACUUUUUACGACCGCGACGAGGGGCUGUUGCUGACGCCCUGCUCCAACAGAUAUAACUUUAUUUGCCAGGCAGAUGUAGAUAUUUAG